AUGGCCCCCAAACUGCACGAACUUUUUGAGAAGGCAAAAGUGAUCAGGAAGCGCCUCAAGCUGAAGGGCCGCCUCGUAGAUUUCCCUCCUGGGAAGCAUGACGAAGGGGAUGAGGAGUCUCCGGAGAAUCCGAUAUCUACGAAGUCCAUGGCUAUGAAUGUUCCAGCUCUCAAAGUGAUGUUUGAGUUCUACCGGGUCACAAGUGGCAAGCAGGUCCCUGUUCAAAAGUUUGAGGCCGAGGCAAUCGGUGUACGGAGUCUGUUUGAAGUCAUACAGACCGUUCGGGACGAGCAGGACCAGGAUGGCACCUCAAACGAGGAAGAGGGUGAGGAAGAGGAAGAGUUUGAAGAGGACGAUGCCCUGUCCGAUUAUGAGUCUGCAGAGGCGGACACGGAGAAGCCGGAUGCUUCUGAGAGCCCCAGCUCAGCCGAGCCCAAGAUUUCCAAGGGCAAGGGCGGAGGAGCCAGCGUGGCGGACGACGGUGGGGGUGUUGGCGACGUGCCUUUGGAUUCCCAGGAGGAUGCACAGGUGCCCAGAUACCGCCGCAGAUCGAAAAGCUCGCUGGUCAGCUUGCCGAGCACAGCGGUGCUUGGCCAGACCCCUGCCAAUGUGGAGACGCCCGCCUCCUACAAGGAUGCGGUUUCGGCCGAGAAAGAGGCGGAGCUUAGCCGAUUGUUGAUGAUGAUCGACUUGCAGGAGAAGGCCGUGGACCAUGAUCCGGAUCCUCACAAAACCAUGUUGGUCAUGAUGGGUACCCCAGAACGACCUUCAAAAGCUGAAGGCAACACUGUGGCAACACCCGAUUGCAAGAAGCAGCUGGACUUCGGGCCGGCUUGGGCGCACCCCCCCGACCAGGAAGAGACGCAGGUGCACCAGCGUGGUGACGGUACGAACGAGGCUCCUGCAGCGGAUGGCGACGGUGCGAAGGGGGCUCUUUCAGCGGAUGGUGAUGGUGUGAACGGGGCUCCUGCACUGAUCGAAGUGGACUCGAGCCCCGAGAAGAUCAAAGCGGAGCCAUCGUCGCCGAAGUCACCAAAGGAGGCUGUGGCAGAGCCCGUGUCCCUCGAUGCCCAGCUUCAGCUUCGACAGAACCUCCGUGCAGCGAUCCGCCGAUGUCGCAAGUCUAGGAGCAAGCGUGAUGUGGCCAAGGCCGUCAACAAGAAGAGGAACAAGCGCAAGACGAGAUCCAAGGAUGACUUGGACGAAGAUGUGUCAUCCGGCCGGACGACCAAGGGCAAGCGCAAACUCGGCACUUGCGACGCAGAUCCCGAGCCUGUGCCAAAGGCAAAGGCGAAGGCGAAAGCAAAGGCGAAAGCAAAGGCGAAAGCAAAGGCGAAGAAUGCAAAGGGGGUGAAGCCGGUGCCGAAGGCAAAGGCGAAAGCCAAGGCCAAGGCCAAGGCGACAGCGAAGAAGAAAGGGAAGAAGGAUGAUCAUGAGACGCCUCCGCUGAGGUUGAAGCCGGAUCUAAAACGCAGUGGCUACAGCUCUUGCGGCAAAUUGCUGCUGGGCUCCCAGUGGGUCUGCUGGAUGAGUGCUUCCUGGAAGGCGCGGCACAGAGUCGUCCCACCGAAGGCCAACGAAGGUUCGCCCGCAGUGCUACUGUGUGCCGUUGUACUCCUCGCCUUCAACACUGCGAUUGAUGUGGAGCAGGUCUACGACGCCUUGGAAGUCUUCGCUGGAGUGGCUUCACUCUCCAAAUGUUUGGGGAUGGCUGGCUACCGUGCAUUCCGAGCUGGAUUCUGGAUGUGCCGCUUUGGUGCCAAGUCGCCGAAGAGGCCCCUCUCCAAAAAGGAAAAAGCAAGGCUCGUGAAGACUUCGUUGGUUGAAAGGCAUUUGGACCCCAAAACAGGGGUGAGGCGAUUCACCGGGAAACGGAAGCUGCUGAAAGACUCCGGGCAAUACCCGUUUCCUUUCGGGCUACGAUUUGUGCGGGCAUUUCCCCGACUUCUUGCUGAGCGAGCUCCACACUCCCAGGCCCGCAAAAUGGAUCAGACCUUCGACCCCAAGGUGUAUUUCACCGACAAGAGGCUGUACGCAGACUUGUGGGCUGACGCCCGGAUGGCAGAAGUGAUAGCAUACCUCCGAGGAGCCAAGAAUCUGGCGCUACCGGAGGCUGCACGGAUGCGGUUGGAGAUGCUUCGUGUGGCGCGACCGGAACCACCGCCGACUCCGCCCAAGAAGAACAAGAAGUCGCCCAAGAAAAAAAGCCCUCCCGAGAACAACACUCUGCCUGAGACAGCAGAACCGACGAAGCCAGACAACGAGGCAAGCAAGCCAGCAGAGCGCAGUCCAGACAAGAAGACAAGCAAGCCAGCAGAGGACAGUCCGAACAAGAAGACGGGCGCACCAGCAGAGGACAGUCCAAGCAAGAAGACGGUUACUCCAGCAAAGAGUCCCCAGACGAUUGCAAGCACAGCCAAGACGACUCCCAGUCCAUCCGACAAGAGUGGUGCAUCCAACUCGACCAGCCCAGCCCCAACCGCAACAGCUUCUGAGAAGUCUGAUGGAUCCGCAAGGAAACCGAUUAAGCAGGAGCAAGACAGCCCCAGCAGAGCCUCACCAAGCGCAACUGUGGAUCCCUAUGACUUCGAGGAAGCUACAAGCGAUCCGGGUGCGACCGACGACAAGUUGAAGCAGUCUCUCCAGGCUGCCAGCAAGAAGGAGAAAGCCUCCGAGAAGGAUUUGGAGUUUGGCAAUGGCAAGGCUGUCGGGCUCAUGUGGGAUUGGUCUGUUCCACCUGACUGUAGCAAAGCUUGGAGGAGAGCAGAGGCAAAGGUUCGUCGCAUGGUGAAGCCGACCUCUCGCUCCAAGACUGUGGCUUCUUCACCGGACAUUGUCAGCAGAUGGGACGGCGGGGGGGAUUUGAGGAAUGACCUUAUCCGGACAAUGAUGAAGUGCGAGGGGCGGAAGGACCUCUGGAAGCGCACUGUGGAGAUUCAGAUCACCAAGAGUAAAUCCAACGAGCUAACGGUUGUGCAGAGGAUCAAGAAGGUCAUAAAGUUUUGCACCAACCCGAGCCGCAUCAAGACCCACACGAGGCGGGACAAGUACGAGAAGGACAAGAUCGAGUAUUGGGUGGAGGAGGAGACGAAAGGAAGCUACAAAGUAAGUUCUAUGGAAGCAUGGAAUGACAAAAGGGAGAUCAAUGCCACCGAUGGCAUUGAUCUUGAUGAGGAGGGGGUCGCCGCUGCAGGCUCGGAUGAUGAGAGUGAGGACCAUGAUGAUGAGGGGGGUAGUGGGUCGUCGUCCUCACAUGAUGAGAGUGCUUCCACACCCCGUAAGAAGCGAAAGCGAGCAUCAAGCAAGAAAGCGAAGAAAACCAAGAAGGCCAAAAAGGAGAAGAAGGAAAGCAAGGCAAAGGCGCUCGACAACGCCACCGAGGUGAUGCAGCAGCUCCUUCGUGUCCAGGCAAAGGUGGAGCUUUGUGCGGGAAAGCUAGAGCAGGUCAAGGGGCCAAAGGCCGAAUCGUCUUUGAAGACGGUUCAUGGGUAUGCUACCAAGCUGUCGGAGUUCCAUGACCAGUUGGCCGAUAUCAGGGCAGCCCAUGCUGGCAACAAGAAGUCCUUUUGUGAGAAGUCGCUCACCAAGCUGCAGCACAUCGUUGUGGAUGCCGAGUGUGCCAGGUUUGUCAUGGAAGACACCAAACUCAAGAGGACUGUGCUGAAGAAGCUCAAGUCCGAUGAGAAGAUCAAUGAGGCCAUAAUGCGAAGCGCCAACGACGAGUUGGUCCUGUGGCCCAUGCGAUUGCACAGACUGUGGCAGCUGGUGCUUGUUGGUGGAAAUAGGAUAUGGCUGUACAUUUUUCUUAGUUGUGACAAUCUUACUUUUGAUGACUUUGUGUUCACACUGCUGCUUGGCUUGGUUAGCGAGGCGCAUGCUUGCAAAAUCGCAGAGGCGAUGCAUCGAGAGCUGCAGGACCAUCCGCCUAUCCAGUCAUCCGGCUUUAUUUCACGGCUACAGAAUCUUCAUACCACUGGGCAUGACAACCGGAUGCCCAAUGUGUUAACAGAUUAUGGUUUGCAAGCCGAUAUUCCUACGUCCUUUGUUGCGAUUGGCCUCAAGCAACCGCACCCUGUGCUGCGACUACGAGAUGCAAUUGAAACUUUCGACAAAGCUGGCAAAAUACACCAUCUGUUUGCAGGGAACGGACCCACACAGUUGAAGGAUUUCUGGUGCAAGAUGCAAAAAACUCACCCUGGCUACGAUGUCUUUGCUACACAUGGCGAUCGGCUACAUGCUUGCCUGCCCAUGAUGCUACACCUGGACGAGGGUACAUCCCACAAAAAGAAGGGUAUUAUGGUGUUAUCGGUGCAGAUAGUGUGUGGAAAAGGUCGCUUGACCCGGCAUCACUUACGGGAUGCUCCAGCACAGGAGUUCCCACCUGGGAUUUGUCACCUUUGUCGAGCAGGCCAGGCCGGCUACCCUUGGAAUGCAUUCGAGUCAAACUCGGCAUGGAUGUGUGGGGACAACCCUCUUCCCUGGACUACGCCUUCUCCCUUGUCAAAGCUUGCUCAAGACAAGCUGAAUCCAGCGAGCUUCUUUGUCAUUGACGCAUUCCACGUUUGUCACAAAGGUGUGGUUGCUGACUAUGCGACGCUGUCAGAUUAUCAGCUGCUGGGAACUUCAAAAGACUUCACGAAGCACAUGCAGGUUUUGUAUGACGAGGCCCGCACCUGGUGUGCCGAACGUCACGAGUAUCUUCAUAUGACUGGUUUGACAAAGGAUGUGCUGGGUCUGGAUACGAUGGCCGACUAUCCCCUCGGGUGUCUGGUUGUGUUUCAGCUUUGUGUCGGGUUCAGCGGGACAACCAACUAUGAUCGUUUAUACUUCUCAUGCAACAUCAACGAAGGCGCGGACACGCCUUUGCUGGCCAAGUUUCUUCAAUACCGGUACAGUCGUGUUUUGGCCGAUUGCGACGAAGCUGACGAAGCUGUUUUCCGAACGAUCUAUGAUGGCCUAAAACACAUCAACGGCUUCAUGCGGGCCAUCUAUGAGCAGCCUUUAUGGGUUGAGCCGACUGACGUAGAAAACAUCGCCCAGAUGGGCCUUGGGUUCAUGCGGGCACUCAAUCAGGCAGCCAGGCACGCUCUCGAGUUGCAAAGACCGAGAUUCAAGAUUCAGCCGAAAUUCCAUUUGUUUGCUCACUUGGUGCACAGUAUGAGUCUGGCUUCGCAAAGCGGGGCCACGAGCCUCAACAUUCUGGCACACAGUUGCCAGAUGGACGAGGACUUUAUUGGAAAGAUAUCAUCGCAGAGCAG